GUUUUAGGGGGGGAACCUGGUGUCCCCGGGGGGGGGGGCCGGGGGGUGGGGGAACCUGGUGUCCCAGGGGGGCCGGGAAUUCCGGGGAAAAAAGGGGACCUGGUGUUCCCCCCCGGACGAGGAGGCGGGCCAGGCCUUGGUGUCCCGGGGAACCGGGGAGACGGGGGUUAGGAACCUGGUGUCAGCGGCCCGAAGACGGGUUUUAAG